AUGAAUGUGCCAAAGGCGAGACUGCUGAAAGUAGCAGAAUUAUCUGCCAAGAUAUUUGAUCAAAAUUACAACCCAACUGGUAUGAGAACUGGUUCCAAGAUUCUCAAUGAGCGACUAAAGGGCGCUUCAGUGGCAAGUUACUACGGAAAUCCGGAUAUCCUGAAGUUUAAAAAUUUAAAAACAUUAUAUCCCGAUAUUAAAUUCGUAGACCUUGAGGAGCAGUAUCGAUUAUCCAUGGUAGAAGCAAAGAAACGUCGCGGUAAGGGAGCCCCCAAAAAGAUGAAGAAGGAUGCAGCUGCGUCUGCAAAGGGGAAGGGUAAGAAAAAGAAAUAA